AUGGCAUGUACGCCAAUUCAGCAGCUUGAGUUAGAGUACGAACGUGUCAUGCGAAUAAGUGCUGAAGAAUUGGACUUCGAGCCCGCAGUUUAUUUUCAUGAAGGGAGCGAAACGUUAUCGCAACUCCGAGAACAACUCGCGUUGCUUCCGGAUAUAGAAGACUUAUCUCCGAAAUGUGAUAUUGAUUCAGCUGACGUUGGUGAAUCCGGGACGAGCACUCCAGAAGACGAGCGAAAAUUACGAGCGAUCCUGAAAUAUCAUCGAGCCAUCUUUCUGGGAGAUGGGAAUGCUGUUCCAGCUCCGGCGCGAGGUGUGACCUGUGAUUUGGAUGUUGGAGAUGCGAACCCUGUCGCUCAACUGUAUGAACUGCUGAAGAAACGUUUGGAAACCCGACUCAUCGAGCACUCAGAAUCACGAUGGGCAUCACCCAUUGUGAUUGUCCUCAAGAAAAAUGGUGUUGAUAUCCGAAUUUGUGUCGACUACCGAAUUGUCAAUGGAUUCACUACGUUGUCCAAUUAUCCUCUACCGUUGAUAGAUGAUCUGCUGGUUGGGUUUGAGGAUGUCAUGUGGUUUAUGAGUUUGGAUAUGGCGAGCGGCUUUUGGGCGGUCAAGAUGUCCGAAAGAGCAAAGCUAAUAUCGGCGUUUGUCUGUCCAUUUCGACAUUUUCCAUGGGCUCGCAUGUCAUUCGGACUCAAGAAUGCGCCAUUGAUAUAUCAGUCGGUUAUCAAUAAUUGUCUAUGGGGAUUCGUGAGACUGCCUCCGGAAGAGGAAGCAGAAGUCGACUAA